UAUUGGUGACGUGAUGCCACGGAGGAGUUGAGCUCAACACUUUAUAAAGCUUCUCCGCGCGCGGCGAGCCCACUCUUUACAAGACCACUGUUGCUGAAACUUCUCUUCCCGCAUCUCAGCUACUGGAGAGACCCUGACGCCACCUUCCAUCAUGAGCGAGAGACAAGGAUCUGGAGCAACUGCUGGCAACAACAAGACAUCUGGAGAACAAGAUGCGUCCAAGACGGAAGUCGCGGAGGACUUUGACAUUGACAUGGAGAACCCGGAGACUGAGAAGGCUGCGGUCGCCAUCCAGUCCCAGUUCAGGAAGUUCCAGAAGAAGAAGCGCGUGGAGAAGUCCUAGUGAGCGCCGCGUCGCUCUGCCACUGUGUGGGGAGGCGGCGGGGGGGGAGUGACGGCACAGUGAAGAUGGUGUGACAUUUGCAUGUAAACAAAUUCAUACCUGUUGGAACUCCAGGGGUCGUGAUGGGGUCGGUGGGGGUAGAGAAUGCAAUAGCUUGUUAAUCAUAUGAUAUGUCUGUGAACUUUACAAUUUCCUAUUAUAAUAAUUCCUAUUAUUUAUUAUUUGACUGCUGUAUCGAUAAAUAAGUAAUUAAAGGUAUAGAGAUCUGGAUUGUGUCCUAACAUGUGCUCCUUACAUAAUACAGUCUAUAGCUGGUGUUUGUGUUAGAAUAUGUUUUUGUACUUCUCCCAGUCGCAUAGUUCCACCUGCACCAUCUCUCUGUUUUGCUACAUUUCCUAAAACUACCUGUACCUGUGUGACCUGAUGGAGCGUACGCUGGCGAUAGAUUGAAGGUUGUUUUUAGAAAACUUGGAGCUUACCAUCAUGAACAGAGCAUUUCACCCAGAGGCAUUUUUUUUCUUACCCGCAUGGUAAUAUCAAGCUGUGAAUCAAUAUACGUUGAAUAAAUAAAGACUCAGUGUGAAA